CAGCUCCCGGCCAUUGCCCCUUCCUGCACAGGGUCUACCCCCGUCACAGAGCAUGCGCAGUAAUCCUGCCGUCCCGCCCCUCCCUUUUCAGUGCCCCCGUUCCUUAGAAACCAGGCGGCGCGUUCCCGGUGGCGGCGCGCUGGACUCCUGUGCCCGCACAUCUCCACAAGCCUCCCUCAAGGAGGACGGGUGGUCGCCGAGACCCGUCCAGACCUAUGAUUUCCAUUGCGGCGCGGGGCGGGCGAUGCCAGUGUGUUAGGAGCCAUGUUUGACCAGGACUGUGUGAAGGUCAUAUCCAUGCUGGAGGCUCUUGUGAGGAGAUGAGUUGGUGAACAGAGGCCGGGAUGAAGAUGCUGCCAGGAGUGGGUGUGUUUGGGACUGGCAGCUCUGCUCGGGUUCUGGUCCCGCUGCUGAGGGCAGAAGGGUUCACCGUCGAGGCCCUGUGGGGAAAGACUGAGGAGGAGGCGAAGCAGCUUGCUGAGGAGAUGAACAUCACCUUCUACACCAGCCGGACUGAUGACGUCUUGCUCCAUCAAGAUGUGGAUCUGGUGUGCAUCAACAUCCCCCCUCCUCUCACCCGGCAGAUAUCUGUGAAGGCUCUAGGUAUUGGAAAGAAUGUGGUUUGUGAGAAGGCAGCAACAUCAGUGGAUGCCUUCCGGAUGGUGACAGCCUCGCGCUACUACCCACAGCUGAUGAGCCUGGUGGGCAAUGUGCUGCGCUUCCUGCCUGCCUUCGUGCGCAUGAAGCAGCUUAUCUCGGAGCACUAUGUGGGAGCAGUGAUGAUAUGUGACGCUCGCAUCUACUCAGGCAGCCUGCUGAGCCCCAGUUAUGGCUGGAUAUGUGACGAGCUCAUGGGUGGUGGGGGCCUGCACACCAUGGGCACCUACAUCGUGGACCUGCUGACCCAUCUGACUGGCAGGAGAGCUGAGAAGGUGCACGGGCUGCUCAAGACCUUUGUGAGGCAGAAUGCCGCCAUCCGUGGCAUACGACAUGUCACCAGCGAUGACUUCUGUUUUUUCCAGAUGCUUAUGGAUGGGGGUGUGUGUAGCACAGUGACACUCAACUUCAACAUGCCAGGUGCCUUUGUGCAUGAGGUCAUGGUAGUUGGCUCUGCAGGGCGCCUUGUUGCCCGGGGAGCUGACCUCUAUGGGCAGAAGAACUCUGCCACACAGGAGGAGCUACUGCUGAGGGACUCGCUGAAUGUGGGUGCAGGGCUGCCCGAGCAGGGGCCCCAGGACGUUCCGCUGCUCUACCUGAAGGGCAUGGUCUACAUGGUGCAGGCCUUGCGCCAGUCGUUCCAGGAGCAGGGGGACCGCCGUACCUGGGACCACACACCUGUCUCCAUGGCCGCCUCAUUCGAGGAUGGGCUGUACAUGCAGAGUGUGGUGGAUGCCAUCAAGAAGUCGAGUCGAUCCGGAGAGUGGGAGACUGUGGAGGUGCUGACGGAGGAACCUGAUGCCAACCAGAACCUGUGCGAGGCGCUUCAGCGGAAUAACCUAUGAGUCUGCAGCUGGGCUUCCAGCUAUAGAGCAAAGGGACCAGGGAAGAGAAUGGGAACUAGAGUGUAACAGGGGCUUGGCCUUAGCAGAGGCAGUGUCUUUCAUUCAAUAAUGGGUUGGGGCUGGAUGAAGCCAGAGGUGGCCCUGGAAAAUCCCCUCCCCCCCAGCGGCUCAUUUAUUCAGACUUGCAGGGUGGUGAGUGUUCCUUUCACUAUGGCUCAGAGGCUAGUGCAGUAUGCACAGGACAGAGCUGUCACCAGGCCUCUGCAUGGUUGUACUUGUAGAGCAGGGCCAGGAAAAGCUUGACUUGUGGGUCCUUCAUCCUGACUUGUGGUCCUAACAGGAUGACAAAGCACAGCAGGAGCCAGCUUAGCUGAUUCUGGAGGCCUGGACAGAAGUAACAAGAAGCCUUGUUUCCAUGCCUUCCUUGGGCUGGGCAUUUCAUGAGCGGUGAAGGCAACAAGUCAUCCCUCAGGGAUCCUCACCUGCCCUUCCAUAUGACCAAGUUUUGCCAGCCUCCAGGCUGACCCUUCCCUGGUAGGGAGGAGGGGGUUUAUUAGGUGAGCUCUCAGGGACUUUUGACCUAAGGAAGAAGGCCCCUGGUUUGGCAGAGAGGAGGCAAGGGAGAGCUUUAGAACAUCUGAUAAAUGCUAAUAAAUUAGAAAAUAUGGCAUCACGGCAUGUGGUUUCUGUUUGGUGGGUUGGGUUUCUUUAAUAACAAAAGCCUUGUUCAUUGCUGUAGAUUGUUCUCUUUCCUCAUGGCUCCAAAGCAGAUCAGAGCCAGCCGUGGGUCCAUCACCAUCUACUGGGCCACAUAGGUUCCUGCCACUGUCUGCCCUCGUCCCAGUCUAUGCCCUCAUGGCAGAGUCCCAGGAGCUCUCCAAAGAAAAGCUUAACUCAGAACACAGCACUCAAGAAUUGCAGGCCUCCCUAGGCUGGAGGUCAGGAGAUUCUGUUCUUGAAGCCAUGGUGAUAGCUCUCAGAGAGCCCUCGGAGAGGGGAGUGAGGAGUGGUUCCUGGGAGGAAGGACAGGAAGGUGGGAGGUGCACAUGAGGAAAAAGGGCUCCACGCGCCGCCCUUGGGAGAAGGUUUGGCUGAACGCUGCCUGACCCAGCCAGCCAUUCACCAACCAUGCCUUCUAUUGACUCUUCUACACAGAGACAGCCCCUUAACCAUGUCAGUCAGAGGUGAGGGAGAGGGGUGUUAAGAAAAGACACAUCCUCCUCUUUGUUUCUUUUACCAGCCUACCAGGAUCAUUAAGUCUAGACUAAACUCUGUUCCCUUCUCUGACCUUCCUCUCUCGUCCCUGCCCAGAGCUUGCCAGGAAGGCCCAGGGAAAGCUUCCUCUUUCUCUUGGCACCCCUUACAGAAGUCACCAGGCCUGUUUUCCUGUUGUGUCCUGGCUUCAAACAUCAUCUUUGUGAAAUAAAAUAAUAAGGGUUA